UGUUGUUAUAUGUCUCUGCAACAGUUUUUACGGGUUUAUUUGGAGAUGCUCUUAUCCAUCCGAACUCAUUUUCCAAUGAUCCAAACGGGCACUUGAGCUGUUCUCACUCAGAGUCACGGUCCCUCCCUCCGAAAAUCCUAAAACCCUGGAAAUGCAAACCCCCCAAAAUCAGCAACCUAAACCAAAUCAAAUCGCCAAUGUCGAAGGAACCAUCCAAGACCUUCAAACCCUACACCCUCUGCGAAACCCUAACGGGCCACAAGAGCGCCAUCUCUGGCGUCAAAUUCUCCUCCGACGGCCGCCUCCUCGGUUCCGCUUCCGCCGACAAGACCAUCCGCACCUACUCCCUUUCCUUGCCCGAUGACUCCUCCACUCCCACCAUCUCCGCCGCCCAGACCUUCGAAGGCCACUCCCAGGGCGUCUCCGAUCUCGCCUUCUCCGCCGACUCUCGCUUCAUGGUCUCCGCCUCCGACGACAAGACCCUCCGCCUCUGGGACGUCGCCACCGGCCAAACCAUCAAGACCCUCCAUGGCCACACCAACUACGUCUUCUGCGCCAACUUCAACCCUCAGUCCAAUAUGAUCGUCUCCGGUUCCUUCGACGAAACGGUGCGUAUUUGGGAUGUCAAGACCGGGACAUGCUUGAAGGUUUUGCCGGCUCACUCCGACCCUGUCACCGCCGUUGAUUUCAAUCGGGAUGGCUCGGUUAUCGUUUCGAGCAGCUACGAUGGGUUGUGCAGGACCUGGGAUGCCUCCACUGGCCACUGCACCAAGACAUUGAUUGAUGAUGAGAAUCCUCCGGUUUCGUUUGUUAAGUUUGCGCCUAAUGGAAAGUACAUUCUUGUUGGCACUUUGGAUGACACUCUGAGGCUCUGGAACUUUUCAACUGGGAAAUGUCUAAAGACUUACACCGGUCACAAGAGCUCAAGAUUCUGCAUUUCUUCCGCAUUUUCUGUGACAAAUGGGAUAUACAUUGUAAGUGGUUCUGAAGAUAAUUGUUUGUACUUGUGGGAAUUGCAAAGCAGGAAGGUAGUUCAGAAAUUGGAAGGUCACACUGACACUGUUAUAUCAGUAUCAUGUCACCCAACUGAGAACAUAAUUGCUUCUGGUGCACUUGGGAAUGACAAGACGGUGAAGAUCUGGACUCAGGAGAACUGAUUCAUUUCUGUUGUUGUAAAUGAUUGCAUCUGUGGCACAGAGAUUUUGACUUGAGGAGGGAGACUGAUUUGUUGUAUCACGAAGUUUGUCCGAUUCCCCAUGUUGCUCGACUCUUACAUUCUUAGCCUUUUUUAGUAGUUAUCUCGUUGUAUUUUAGAACUUUGCUUCUUAGGUAUCAGUUUAAGGUCAAUUCUCUUAAUUAUAAUUUAGGCAUGUCUUGUAGUUGGUUGUUGUCUGGAGGACAAAAAGGUUUGUAACUGAAAACGACUCUCCUUCAAUGCAGUCAGUAAUGUUUGAAAAUUGUUCA